UUCAGCCAGAUCGGCAUGAAAGCCCGCUCGCCCGAAGGACAUGCGGCCAGGGCCAUGCAGAUUCGAGGUGACGAGUGCGUCUGGGUGGAAAUCCAGGAAAAGACGUUCACCAACUGGGUGAACGAGCAGCUUCGGCCGCAGGGCCUGGCCGUCGCGGACCUGCGCGUGGACUUCAGCGACGGCCUCAAGCUCAUCUCGCUCGUCGAGGUGCUGCAGAAGCGGAAGCUCAAGCGCAUCAAGAAGCCCCUCAACCAGCACCAAUGCCUGGAGAACGUCCAGACGGCGCUCAGCGCCAUGGCGCAGGACAACAUCAAGCUCGUCAACAUUGGCAACACGGACAUCGUGGAGGGCAACCUGAAACUCAUCCUGGGCCUGGUGUGGUCGCUCAUCCUCCGCUACCAGAUCGGUCGCACCAACUUCCCGCCCAAGAAGCUCAUGCUCGCCUGGCUCAGGGCCGUGCUGCCCGACCUAAACAUCGCGAACUUCACUUCCGACUGGAAUUCGGGAGUGUCGCUCAGUGCCUUGCUGGAGUACUGUCGACCUGGUUUGGUUCCACAUUGGAGGACUCUGGGAGCCUCAACAAGCCAAGACAACUGCCGCAUGGCGAUGGAAAAGGCCAAGGAGGAGUUCGGGGUGCCCAUGAUCCUGACCCCGGACGACCUGGCCAACCCCAACCUGGACGAGCUCUCGGGCAUGACCUACCUGUCCUACUUCAUGAACGAGGACAGCCCGGGCUACAAGGCCACCCUGCGCUGGGUGCAGGGACGUCUGCCCCAGCUGCACCUCUCCAACUUCACCAGCGACUGGAAUGAUGGCUUGGCCCUGUGCUCUCUGGUCCACUCCUUGGGAGCCACCAUCGAGGAUUUUCAGCAACUAAGUCGAGAUCGAUCCCAGUGGGAGUCCAACCUACAAAAAGGCAUUAUGGGAGGCAAGUACCUUGGUGUGGACCCUUUGCUGACCGCCAAGGAGCUAGCAGACCCCGAGGUGCAGCCUCUGGGAGUAAUGGCCUACAUCGCACGCUUCCAAGGGAUGACACCAAGGCGGAGGCCCCGCGACAAGCUUACUGUCACCGGCACGGAUCUCAACAACGUCCAUGUCAACAAGCCCGCCCACUUCAAGGUGCACAUGAAGGAAGGCAAGGUGGACUUGAGGCAGGUUCGCGCUGAAGUGCGCAGCCCGUCCCUGACCCCCGUCGAGUGCAAGCUUCAACUGAACCAGGCCGGCGGAUCCGGCACCUUUGUGCCUGUCGAGAUCGGCAUGCACGCCCUGAACGUGUACUGUGAAGGAGAGCUGGUGACGGGUUGCCCGAUGCACGUCCGCGUUCACCCUGACAUCUCACGGAUCCUCUUCUCUGGAAUCGAUCCUUGCGCCCUCGGAUCGCUCGUCGAGGUCCUGAUCAACUCUAACGGUGCGGGUACAGGAAGCAUUCACGUCGAGGCCAUCUCUCCCAGUGGAAAGUCGAGGGAGUGUGCCGUCAAGGACAGUGACGGCGUCUUCACCUCCACGUUCAUGCCCAACGAAAUCGGUGAAUGGAAAAUCGACGUGACUUACUCCGGGGAGCACAUUCAGGGGAGCCCCUUCACCUGCUAUGUGUACGACCCUACCCAAGUCACCGUGAGCUGUCCCAGCAUGGUGCGGAUGGGCAAGGAGGUGUCGUUUGAGUGUGACGCGAGUCGUGCGGGCUGGGGCAAGGUGCAACUGGAGGUGCAACUUGACGGACAUACGACUCCGGUCAGCGUGGACGAGCGCGGUGACGGUAUCUACUCCGCUUCCUUCUUGCCCUCUCGGGAGGGCCACUACAAAUUGUUUGUCACCUUCAACAACAUCGAUGUACGCGGCUCUCCCUUCACCAUCAUCUCCGUGGCCGAAGACACCGACCAGACCUCCAUGACGACCGACUCCUUCUUUACCCGCACUGUCGCAUCUCCCAUAGGCGACGCCAUGUCUAGCUCCGCCUCCUCCUCCUUCUUUGCGUCCUCCCACACCUCCUCGCGGGUGACCUCGCCCAUCAAACUAGACCCCGACCCCGGCCGUGCCUCCCGCACCCAGUUUGAGCCGACUUUGCGAACCGAGAUGUCUCGGCAGAGCCAGGAGAGCAUCGCAGUUACGAGAAGUGAGCGGAUGGAAGUCGACGCAAUCAGUAAGGUUGUCACGUCUUUGUCGACGACGAGAGUAGUCACACCGGAGAGACCGGCCUCGAGGCAAGCGCCUAAGGCACCACCACCUCCGACCCCGAGGAAACCGGCGCCCGCAAUUCCCACGCCGUCCCCAACAAGCAGGAACCUCGAGCUUGAGGGAAGCAGCGAAGAGCUGCGAAGGGUUGAUGUUCAGCAACGGAAGACGGAAGUUCAAGCGAUCGCUUCGUUGACACGCGACACCGCGACACCGGAAAAGCCGCCUUCGCGGAAGAGUCCGGAGUCGCGGCAGAUGACUCCACCAGUCGUGGCCCAUCGGUCGACGAAGGAGGGGGACAGGGUCGACGGGAGGGAGGGUCUUCAGCAUGCCCAUCUUCAGCAGCUGCAGCAGCAGCAGCGUCGUGUCGUUGAACAGCUCGCGUCCACGACGCGGGAGAGUCAAGGCGCGCCCGUCGAGAGCGCAGCACGGAAGACGCCCGAAGCGAGGCAGAUGGCGCCAGCGAGAGUUGGUGAUGUGACCCAGGUGAAGAUAUCGGGGGAGGCGCUGAAGCUCGUUCCGGUGAAGCGGCCGACCACAUUCCGGAUCAGCGCGCCGGACUUUGAGCGAGACGACUUCCGGGUGACCGUUACGGCACCGUCUGGACGCGAGUUUCCCGUGCGUGUGGAUGUCCUCCGGCCCGGGGAGCUUGAGGUGGAGUUCAUCACACCCGAAGUUGGCGAACACGUGAUUGAAGUCAAAGUCGAGGGUCGACCCCUGCCUGGAAGUCCGUUCCGCAGCCAUGCUUUCGACGCAACCAAGAUUCGUGUCGGUGACGUGCCCAACGGAACUGUUGGCUGCCCCGUUGAAUUCGAAAUCGAUGGGGCGGAGGCUGGCUCCGGCAACUUGGAGAUCAUGGUGAACGGCGACCAUGUGACGAGCCACGUGAAGCCCCUGGGGGGACACCGCUUCCUGGCCUCCUUCGUGCCACGCACGGCCACUGUCCACACUGUCGAGAUGAAGUUCAACGGCGAGAAAGUGCCAGGCUCCCCGUGGAAGUGCGAGGUCCGAGACAUGCCGAAGAAAGGUCCCAUUUCUGCAAGGGGUCAGGCGCUGCAGACCUUCAGCUGUGGCAAGGUGGCUAGCUUCGAGGUGCAUGCUCCCGGCUGCAGCAAAGACGACCUCAAAGUCAGCAUCAAAGGCCCCGGAAAGUCCAAGAUCCAGCACACCGUUUUAGAGCGUCCGGACUGCCAUGUGGUGGAGUUUGCUACUGUUGACGCUGGCACAUACCAGAUUGACGUGUCGGUAGCAGGGCAGAGGAUUCCCGGCAGCCCCUUUGUCUCCAAGGCCUAUGACGCCUCGUGCAUCACCCUCAGUGACGUUCCACAGUCCUGCUUGGUGGGGCAGACCUCUCAGUUCCAAGUUGAUGCAUCGAGAGCUGGCGAAGGACAACUCGAGAUCUCUGUCAAUGACGGAGAAGUGCCCAACCAGGUUCAGGUUCUGAGCAGCGGACGGUGCCUCGUGAGCUUCAAACCGUUGCGACCAGUGCCCCACGUGGUCAGCAUCAAGUUCAACGGCGAAAACGUGCCCGGUUGUCCGGUGGUUCUUCAGGUGUCGGAUGUGAACCAGUUUUCCGUGGACCUCUCCUCCCUGGAGCUGGUUCCGGUCAACGUGCCCAGUCGCUUCUAUGUCGGCGGAGUGUCUGAUGAGGACGACUUGCGAGUCACCGUCAUGUCACCUCUCGAGGUCAAGGUCCCUGUGAAGUUGAGCCGCAGCUCAAGGGGCGGUUUCAACGUCGAGUUUGUGCCCGACCAAGUCGGUCAGUACAUGGUCCAAGUAGAGAUUGCAGGAAAAGUUCUUGCUGGGACGCCGGCCGUGGUCAAAGCAUAUGAUGCCCGCAAGGUUGAUGUCAGUGCAGUUUCUCAGGGGACGUUGGGCAAGCCUGUCCAGUUUACGGUGGACGUGAGUUGUGCCGGCGAAGGCAACCUUGCCAUCACGGUGACAUCUCGCAGCCGAGACGUUCCCACCGUGGUCCACCCCAUGGGGGGCGCCAAGUUUGCCGUGUCGUUUGUCCCCAGUGAUCCGUCGGACCAUGUGAUCAGCAUCAGCUUCAAUAAAGAACCUGUGCCAGGGAGUCCCUUCAAGGUGAAGGUGCAGGAUGGUGGAAAGGUUACAGCCACGGACCUUUCCUCGCUGGCGGCAGCUUCGGUGGACAAAUCCGUUGGAUUCGUCAUCCAGAAUGCAGGUGGAAGAGAGCAGGACCUCUCAGUCAGGGUCGAAGGACCUGAGGGUUCUCCAGUGCCUUGUUCGCUCAAGGACAUCGGAGACAGGAACCUAAGGGUGGAGUUCUCCCCUGUUCGAACAGGGGAGCACAAGGUCCAUGUGUCACACCUGGGCAGUCCCAUCCCCAGCAGCCCAUUCACGUGCAAGGUGUUUGACACGCGUCAGAUCAAGGUGCGUGACAUCCCCAAGGGCUUUGUGGGAAAGCCUGUCACCUUUGUGGUGGAGACUGCGCAUGCAGGUCCAGGCAACCUGGAAGUGAUGGUGAACAAUGGCAGGGUGUCAACAACAGCCCAGGCGCAGUCGCCGACUCAGUACGCCAUCACCUUCACUCCUGCAGACGACCGACCCCAUGUCAUUGAUGUGCGCUUCAAUGGCGAGCACGUCCCAGGGAGUCCGUUCCAGUGUCAAGUGGCUGAUCUGUCCAAGAUCAAGGUGGUGGGUGAAGGCAUUGAGAGAGUCGCAGUGGGACGGCCCGCUGCUUUCGUCGUGGACACUCACGGACACGACGUGGGACAGUUCUCGGUUUCUAUACUUGGACCGAACCAGAGCCCGCUGAAGACGCAUGUGACUGGAAAUCACCACGGGGGUUACCGGGUGGAGUACACGCCCGUCGAAGUCGGCGACCACGCCGUGGAGAUCCUUCUGGGAGGCCAAAGCUUGGCUGGAAGCCCCUUCAUGAGCAAAGUGUACGAUGCCUCUAAGGUCCGGGUGGCCGACAUCGGCAGCGGCACGGUCGGCCGGCCUGUCUACUUCAGCAUUGACGCUAGCCAGGCAGGUGCAGGGAAUUUGGAGAUCAUCGUGUCAGUGGGUGGACGUAACGUGCCCAACUACGUACAGUCGGAGGGCAACGCCAAGUUCAGGGUCAACUUCAAACCCAGCGAACCCCUUACCCACACGCUCAGCGUAAAGUUCAACGGGGAGCCCGUACCAGGCAGCCCCUUCUUCGUGAAGGUGAGCGACAACACCCAGUCGAUGGUGAGCGGUGCUUCGCUGAGGACCACCUCCAUCACCCGCGGUGCCAAGUUCACAAUCGACUCCAAAGGUGCCGAAGCCUCUGACUGCAAGGUCUCCAUUGUCGGUCCCUCUGGCAAAAAGGUGCCUGUCACUGUGACGAGAACAUCACCCACAACUUUUGAUGCCGAGUUUCAUCCUACAGAAGUUGGUCCAAACCAGGUGAAUGUGCUGCUCGACGGAACAGCCUUGGCAGGCAGUCCUUUUACAUGCAACGUCUAUGAUGUAAGCAAAGUUCGGGUCACUGGUCUGAACCCUGGAAUCGUCAACAAGCCCGUCACCUUUCAAGUGGAUGCACUGCAGGCAGGCAAUGGCACCCUAGAGCUGGUGGUGCGGACGCGCAAGUCAUCAGUGUGUGCCGAGUUUGCCAUGAAGAGUCACGGCAUCUACGAGGUGACCUUUGUGCCCACGGAAAAGACUCCACACUAUGUCAACAUCACAUUCAACGAAGAGGACAUCCCCGGCAACCCAUUCAAGAUUGACAUCCGGGAUGGACAGCCGGUCAUUGAACCCAAGGCGGCGCCAAGGACAAGCUCGUCGCCCGUGGUUGCACGUGGCGACGGCCUCAAACAGGGACUGGUUGGCUCUGCCAAUGCCUUCGAGAUUGACACCAACGGUGCUCCUGGAGACAUCGACAUCAAAGUCACUGGUCCUUCGGAGUCGCACCAGGUGCGCACCAACGUGCUGCAGCUGGACGGGCGCACAUACCGGGCGGAGUACCACACCCGGGAGGUGGGGCUGUAUCGGGUGGAAGUGCUGCACGGGGGCAGCCCCAUCUCGGGCAAGCCUUUCGUGGUUGAGGUGUGCGACCCCAGCAGGGUCAAGGUCGUGGACAUUGAGGACGGCAUCGUGGGACGCUCCCAGACGUUCAGGGUGGACACGACGCGUGCGGGCCACGGCACCCUUAACGUCGUCAUCACGGCGGGAGGCCGCGAGGUCCGCAACAACAUUCGGGAGUCUGGGCCAGGCGUCUACAAGGUCUCCUACGUGCCCAAGUCGGAUUUGCCGCACAAGAUAGACGUCUACUACAACGGUCACCAGGCACCAGGUUGCCCGCAGAUUGUGGAGGUGCGCGACCCGGGCCAUGUGAUCAUUGCCCACGGUUCGGGACUCAAGGCCUGCCAGCUGGGCAAGACGUGCAGCUUCGUCAUCGAGACCGGUGGUUACGGGGACGCCAAGGACUUCGACAUUCUCGUGUCCGCACCAAAUGGCUCACCAUUGCCGGUGAAGUGUUACCAGCAGAAGGAUGGAAGCCUCCUGGUGGAAUGGAACGCAGUAACGGCUGGAAGUCACAAGGUGGAGGUGCUGUACGAGAGCAAGGCCAUCCCUGGCUCGCCGUUCCUCUGCCAGGUGUUUGACGCCAGCCGCGUGCUGCUCCAGAAAGUCCGUGGCACCACCUUUUCUGUUAACGAGAAGAUCUCCUUUGCACUGAACCGACGUGAUGCUGGUUACUCCGAGCUGGAUGUGACGGUGACCAGUCCCCUCGGGCGCCACUUGCCCAUUGAGGUGAAGGGCACGCCUGACGGCGACGGCGAGCUCAUCGAGUUCACGCCAACCGUGCCCGGGAAAUACCGCAUUGCCAUCACCUACGGAGGCAUCGAAGUGCCAGGGAGUCCGAUCACAUUCAUUGCCCAGGACGGUGGCACCCCAAAAGUGUCGGGGAAUGGGCUCUCGGUGGCCCAAAAUGGAAUCAUGGCCUCUUUCAAGAUCGACGCCCGCGGGCUGUGGGGUCGACCUGAUGUCCGUAUUGACGGUCCUGACUCUGAGCCUGAGCUGACCGUAGAGGAAGAAGAUGAGGGUGUCUAUUCUGUGUCAUACUUGCCUCUUGAGAUUGGAGUGUUUGACAUCCACAUUCGUUGGAAUGGCAAGGAUGUGCCAGGGAGCCCCUUCCACCCCAAGGUGGUGGAUCCACAGAAGGUACGAGCCAUCGGGGGCUGGGACAGCCUGAUGGACGACCAGGGACGCAUCCCGCUCACGGUUGGCCAGGAGAAAAAGAUCUCCAUGGAUGUCGGGGAUGCUGGGCCAGGCAAGCUCAGGGUGGAGGUUCGAGGGCCCAGCGACCUCGUGGAGGCCCGCCUGGAGCAGACGAGCGGACAUCGGUACAGGGUGACCUUUACACCCCGUGAACAAGGAGACCACCUGAUGCACAUCUGGUACAACGACCUGGCCCACCCGAGCUCCCCGUUCGUCGCCUAUGCCGAGCCUUUGGCUCCGGCGCUUGACCACACGAGGGUGGUGCUCCGGGGUCAUGGACUCACAGGUGCCAAGGUCGGAUCGGAGGCGGAGUUUGUCGUCGACGGUUCGGACGCCGGGCCAGGGUCACCUGAGGUUAGCCUGACGGGUGUGAAGGCUGACAUUCCGGUUCAGCUUAUCUCCCUUGGCAACAACACAUACAGGGCACUGUAUACUCCCACCGUGCCAGGUGCCUACCUGCUCAAUGUGAUGUGGUCGGAGCGUCAGGUGAAGGGCUGUCCACUGAAGGUGAGUGUGGCAGCCAGCUGCGACGCCGCCAAGGUGCUCUGCUCCGGAGAGGGACUGCGAGGGGGCACCGUAGGAAAGGAGAUCAAGGCCUUCAUCGACACUCGCAAGGGAGGACCGGGGGAGCUGACUGCUCACUGCAUGGGUCCGCACAAGAUGGCGCACUGUGAGCUGUAUGACCACCGGGACGGCACCUUCACCUUGUACCUUAAGCCCCAGGAAGGGGGACGCCACCUGCUCACCAUCAAGUACGGCGGGGACCACAUCCCAGGAAGUCCAUAUACCCUGCGCAUAGCGGGAGCUCCAGACGCCUCCAAGGUGCGUGUCUAUGGGCCAGGCAUCGAACCAGGCGUGCUUGCAGUGUACCAGAGCCGCUUCAUUUGCGACACCCGGGGCGCUGGGGCAGGACAGCUGACGGUGCGCAUCAGAGGACCCAAAGGUGCCUUCCGUGUGGAGAUGCAGCGGGAAAGCCAGAAAGACCGAACCAUCCUCUGCAAGUACGACCCAACCGAGCCUGGUGACUACCGCAUCGAGGUGAAGUGGUCGGGGGAGCAUGUGCCGGGCUCCCCGUUCAUGGUGAUGAUCUUCGACACGCAAGAGGAGCUCACGCGCUUUGUCCAGGGGCCGUACGGCACUGCAGGUGGCGCUGCACCACCAGUGCCUUCGGACUACUUUGGUGACGGUGUAGCCUAUGGGACCGGGGUCGGCCAGAUGUCCUGGCGAGGCUCGACGCACGAGCUCUAAUCCUGUCCCUUUUUAAAGAAACCCGACAGACUCUCCACUUCCAUUCGAGACACGUUUAGAGUACAUUCCAGACAACGUCCUUCUAACGUACGUUUGUACCAACAUUACUUGUAGAUCAACCCAAUUCUGAAACUGUCUAUAGAUGCAUACGCGCAUACCCCACCUCUCCCUCAAGGUUUGCCUCCCGUUGUCUAAAGCCUUUGGAGACGACUGGUAUGGUAACUCCGACGGUCACACAAGUUUUGAAGCACAGCAUCCAGAUGACGCUUUGCCAUAGUUGCUCCAAAGAGUACCGUCAUGAAGCACAUCCUUUAGAUGGUACCUAAAAUUGCAAGUGGAAUCUUGGGAGAGAUUCGAAGUGUUAGCGUCUUUGCGGGAGUUCCACAAUUGAGUUGUACGAUUUGUACUGAUGUGUGAACUGCAACUGAAGCCUGCUUAAGACUCUUCCAAGACACAUUUUUGACAGACAUUCGGGACAUGUUUAAGAUGUAUCUCAGGACUGGUUCAAGUGUGUUUGCACGCCUAGAAAUGAGCUGGGUUGGUCUACAGGACUUUCUGGCGAGCUACGUUGUUGGUAGCGAAGUUAAAGGAGGUUAUGAGAGGUUUUUGUACAUGGUUCCAAGUGCAGCUUCAUGUGUUGUUCUAAAAAUUGUGUCAUUCAGGUGUGAGAGUGCAUAUGCUGUAUGUUCAACAGGCUGAGUGCAUUUUAAUGAACAGGUCAUUGUCAUAUGCAGCUGGAUUGCUUGUAAGCAGUAGGACAGCUUUUAGGUAACAUUUAAAAAAGAAGUGAGUUGCAUUCCUUAGUAUAGUUAAGCAAAAAAGUGAUAAAAGUUUAUCAACUCACAAUAUGGCAUUUUGAAAUUUUUCUAGAAAUUUGGAUCUAUGAGAGUGCUUAUUUUCAAAUCAACUGCCAUCUAGGGCAGGUGUGAACAUCCGGGCAAUUUUCUUGCAUCAUAGGCCACUUCUUGGUUUUUGCUGUUGACUAAUUGGCUUGACUAAUUAUGGUUCAUUAACGCAGCCUAAUUUUAUAAUGCAUUCUUACAUUGCCCUCGGAGAUAGUGGAUCUGUCUCUGGUUUAUUACGGGCAACCUCGAAAGACAGAAGCUAGGAAACUGCAGCCGUAAUGCAAGUUGGUCAGGAUGGAACGGUGCCAAAAGUGGCUGAAACAUGUGUCAAACUGAUUGUGAAGCAAUAGCGAUGCUGCUGACUGGGGUAGAUGUGCUAAGUGGUGCCUACCAGAUGCUCAUUCAUAAACGAGCGCCGGCUAGGUUUACAGUAAAAAUAAUCCAUUCCGGAAGUAUUGUGAUACCUCCGAAGCACCGUGACAUUCCUUGCACUUCCCAUAGUCUCAUAAAAGUAUAAUAUAUCAGUGUGUAUUCAGAAAUACCAGGGAAUGCACAAAAAUCUUUUUUUUUCUCUCACUUAUUGAGUUGUUUUUCUUGGAUUCAUUGAAUUGAGAAUUAACUGUGUUCUUUAGCAGAGCACCACUGUACAUAAGAGCCUGUUGAAAGGAUGGUGCAGAGGAAUUCAGCUUGCUGUCAGCUGUCUUCAUACCGCAGUCUGGAAAAAAGAUCUGUACAUAACUCUUUUGUUUUUGUACAUAUUUGACAUUCUCACUAUUUUUAUUAGAGGUUUACACUUUAUAAAAAUGUCGAACAAGAAUGCAGCCUUUACACUGUGUUAACGGCGAUGGCGAUAAUCUUGAAAUGUUGGCCCGUUAUCGGUGAGCCUUUGAACGGGCUAGCCCUUGAGCGAUGGCAUUACAAUUGUAAGAACUAUUAGUGAUUGUUAGUAUACUGUUUUCACCCUUUUGCUGUGGUCACCCAUCUGUGUGUUUGUUCUUGUUUCUUUCUUUGUUUUAGCUAUUAUUAUAUUAGCAGUUGCAGCUACUCCAGCACCAGGAAUUAGCUCUAGUGAUGAGUUCAUGUCUUUAAAGAGAUCGCUUACUUGUCAUUUCCAAAAUAUUGUGUAAGUGAAAAAAAGUUUAGUAUACUACUGCAUUUUGUACAGUCACACCACUACCAUUCCUAGUGGUCAGAUAAUGAGCUAAUCCAAUUUACUUGGCUAAUGAAAAUGCGCCUUCAACCAACAGGGCCAAUUCAACCAAGUGCAACUAACUUGUUGGUAACAUGAACUUGGGUCUUUCCUGAAUGAAGGAAAACUACUCGAACUAGUUUCUUUUUUUUAUGUAUGUGUUUGAUUUAGUUUACAAGUCGUCUUAUUUAUUUUUGUGCUUUGGCAGGGACACAUUUUUUUUUUUUUGUCUUUGAUGUUUCAUAUCUCAAGAGUGCAUUUUAAGGGCAUGCUGAAACGCAUAACAAUGUUUCAGCUGAGUUUAAGCCCAGACUUUUUUGCUCUCAUUUUUAAGACCAUUCCAAGGAAUACCAAAAGGCUCUUGGCACCUGUGACUUGUGCCUCGUGGUGGAUAUAACAUACCUUCAAACCCUGUAAAGCAAAGCGCUUCCAGAUUAAAGACUAAUUGCCCAUUGGCCACUGCGGAGCAAUGCUAACCAAUAUUUCUAAUAUGUCCAAUGUUUGCACUUUAAAAGUGCUAAUGGUUCCAUAGGGUUUGUUAUAGAUGGAGAUGUGCAUCUUUCUUUAGGUUUUGUUCUUUAAAACUUUAAAACAACCUCACUCGAUGCUACCCUAUUCUAGUUUUCAAUCCUUGCAUUUGAUUUGUUUGUUUCUGUGUUUUUUCACGGUACAAAUAAAAGUGAAUGGUAUU